AUGAUCGAGUCCCGCUCUGCAAAGCGAAGGAGGGUUUCCGAUGUAGUGGAUCAAGAUGGCGAUGUCGAAAUUCCCGAAACACCUCCAAGUGUUCAUGAUGCCGAAGAUGAACACUCCGCGAUGGAUAUCGACGACCCAGAGGUCAAUGCAGCGUUAGCAGCGACACCGUCCAAAUCGUCCCGACGAAAGUCCGCUGCAAAUAAAUUCAAUGACGCCGAAGACAACGAGACCUCAUCGAGAAGCCUUAGGGCUAGUGGUCGACAACGAAAGGCUCCUGUGAGAUAUGAAGAUGAGAUACAAAAACCCGAGACACCGCGCCGGCCGAGGCUGCCCACUGCGACGCCUUCGAAGGCAGCCAUAUCAGCGAAUGGUAGGCGUAAGGGACGAAAGAAGGUUGAAGUUGAGGCCGGCGAGUCAGAAAGCCGCUCUCCGGAUGUUGAUAUUCCAGUGUCGCGAAGAAAGUCGGCAAGGAGGUCCACAAGAAAGCAAAGUGAAAAUGAGUCUGAUACUUCGUCAAGUUCGGAUGAAGCCGACGAAGCAGGACUGGAGAUGAUGAAUGGAGGAAUGGACGAUAGCUACGAUCCGGUGGCUGCGCAACUACACGAAGACUUGAUACACGAUGUCGAUGGUCAUGAAGAAACAGCCCCUUCUAGCCCACUACCCGAAUAUGCUGAGACUUUCAAAAUUCUUUGUGAAUCUGAGUUUCGAAACGAGAUUGGUGCUUUGAGCAAUAUCGUUCUUGAGAAAUUGACCAGAAAACGAUUGACACCAUUGAAGGGCUUAGACGCCGAAUAUCAAAAAGUUCAUCAGCUGGUGGAACAAACUGUCACCGCCGGUGAAGGAAACUCAAUGCUGCUGAUGGGCUCACGUGGAAGUGGAAAGACUACAAUGGUAGAAUGGAUCAUCUCUUCGCUGAUGAAAAAACACAAAGGUGAUUUCCAUGUGGUUCGCUUGAACGGGUUCUUCCACACCGAUGACCGUCUUGCUCUGCGCGAGAUUUGGAGGCAACUCGGUCGUGAAACGGACACGGAAGAUGAAGCUUCCAAGGUCAAUAGCUAUGCCGAUACAAUGGCCACGUUACUGGCGUUGUUGUCACACCCGGAGGAGCUUUUGAAUAGCGCAGAUAACACGAAUGGUAUCACGACGGCAAAGUCAGUCGUCAUUAUCCUUGAUGAAUUUGACCUUUUUGCGACGCAUCCUCGACAGACACUACUAUAUAAUCUGUUUGAUAUUGCGCAGGCGCGCAAGGCACCACUCGCCGUCCUCGGGUUGACGACCAAAGUGGAUGUUACUGAAACACUUGAGAAGCGUGUUAAAAGUCGCUUCAGUCACCGUUACGUGUAUCUACCACUAGCAAGAUCAUUCGAGGCAUUUUCAGACUCCUGUCUUUCUACUCUAUCCGUAGAGGCUACAGAGAUUGAAGACAGUGAUUUUGGUGGCCGCAAGCCAGUCAAACUUCCACAACUUUUGGAUGUGUGGAAGGCAUACUUGAAGAGCCUCUGGGAGGAUAAAGAUUUUGAAAGCCACCUGCAACGAAUCUUCCACCAAACAAAGUCCGUCAAGGAAUUCUAUUCUAGUGCCCUGCUCCCAAUAUCAAAUCUCUACCACAGUGCAUCUGACCUAGAGAGUGAUCUCGAGAUCCCAACUCCGGAAGGCUUCGCGACUCAAUCUCUGACAUGCCCUGACCCCGGCCCCCUCCCAUUCUCAUCAUCCCUGACGGGCUCUACAAGUGCAACAUCAUUACCUCUCUCCCUUCUAUUAGCAGCCACACGUCUAACAGCUCUUUACGACCCUGGCUCGGACGUCGCCAAUUCCCAAUCCCUCGCCCUCUCGUUCCCUGCCGCAUACGCAGAAUACGUCCGUCUCUUGACAUCUGCAAAAGCUACCGCUGCCGCUCAGGGAGCUGCUGCUACAGGUGGACGAGUCUGGGGACGUGACAUUUCGCGCGAAGCUUGGGAGAAGCUUGUGAAUUGGGGUCUUGUUGUUUCGCUUGGAUCGAGAAAUGGGACGACGGAUGGGACCAUGUUUAGAGUUGAGAUUAGUUUCGAGGAGGUUGCCGAUAUGGUUGGGGGUGGAGGGUCGUUGGGGAAGUGGUGGCGCAAUUGA